ACUGCAAUUAAGAUUGAAUGAACCAGAAGCUAUAAAACUAGUAGUAGUAUUUUACUGGCAAAUUGCAGAAAAUAUAAUAUGAACUAAAAGAAGAAUUGAAAAGAAUCCCCUUGGAUUACUCUAUAAGAGGCCAAGGGAGAAGACAAACUAGGACAUAUUGAGCUUCAUCCAGCUUGCGCGGAGAUAAUGAGUAACCUAAAAAACAAGUGGUUUUUCGCCAUUGUGAUACUCUUCCUAGCUGGUCUAACGGAGAUCAAUGGAGGAGAGCUCAUAACAUGCACCAAUAAGAAAAGCAAAUGCUUUCUGAAACCACUGAAUUGCCCUGCAGAAUGCCCAUCAAAAUCUCCAAGUGACCCGAAGGCUAAAGUUUGCUAUGUCAACUGUAAUUCCCCGGUGUGCAAGCCUGAGUGCAGAAACAGGAAGGCGAAUUGCAAUCAACCCGGAGCAGCAUGCUUGGAUCCUCGCUUCAUUGGUGGAGACGGAAUUGUCUUUUACUUCCAUGGCAAGAGCAAUGAGCAUUUCAGCUUAGUUUCAGAUCUUAAUCUCCAGAUUAAUGCUCGUUUCAUUGGCUUGCGACCUGCUGGUAGACCCCGAGACUACACAUGGAUUCAAGCUCUUGGAGUACUCUUUGACAUGCAUGCUUUCUCAGUGGAGGCUACCAAGGCAGAGUCUUGGGACGACGAAGUUGAUCAUCUGAAAUUCUAUUAUGACGGAAAAGAGUUAGGCUUACCAGAAGGCUAUCCAUCUAUAUGGGAAUCUUCUGAAAGCGGCAUCAAGGUAGAAAGAACUGCGAGCAAGAAUGGUGCUUUUAUCACACUACCAGAAGUAGCAGAAAUUUCAGUAAAUGUAGUACCUAUUACCAAGGAAGAUGACAGGAUCCACAACUAUCAGUUACCUUCUGAUGACUGCUUCGCUCACCUGGACGUGCAGUUCAGAUUCUAUGGCCUCUCAACGAAGGUUGAAGGCAUUCUUGGCCGGACUUACCAGCUAGACUUCAAAAAUCCAGCAAAACCAGGUGUUGCAGUGCCCGUAGUGGGAGGUGAAAAGACGUACAGAACUUCAACCCUUUUGUCUUCCAAAUGUAAUUCCUGUAUCUUCUCUCCAGCUGGAGUUUUGAAAGAAUCAGACCCCCUAGUCAUGGAUUAUGGGACUUUAGAUUGUACUGCAGGAUCAAGCGGUGGCCAUGGAAUAGUUUGCAGGAAAUGAGCACCCAAUUGGGAUAUUAUUUCUUUUGUCAGUUGCAGAUAAUAAAAAGCAUGAUUUUCAG